AUGGCUCAAAUUCAUGAUGCAGAAGCAAUUGAGCCACUUGACCAAUGGCGCACAGUGGAUAUCAUUGACGAUGAAGUUGAACCACCUGCUUCCGAGCCUUCUAACACCACCUCGGACACAGAGGCGCGCCUCGCCUCUACGAUGCCAGGCAAUAUUAUGGUUGAUAGUGGUGUAAGAUCUACAUCAGGAGAUCAAUCCAGCGACUGUGCAAGCUCAGGGGCAAGCACUCAUGAGCGUGGCGUACAGACCACAGAGUCACUUGGAUCCGAAUACGACUUCUGCCGCGUCGAUCGUCCGCAGGAUGUGGGCGCAACGUCCAUUGUAAAUAAUGGUACUCUCAACUUAACUGUUCAAAAGUUCUACCAAGUCAACGCAACACCGGCUUCUGCAGAAGUCGGGCGACCACCCCCUGAGAUUGAAAACGCACCCCAACGAAAUAACGUUUGGUCUUCAACAUUCCUCCCGUUUAUCCGCAACGUCAUAGAUACCGUGUUCAGUUCCCUUAUCGAGAAUUGGGUUGCAGAGGACCGCUGGGGAAGCCUGUGGAAGUGGCUCAUUCUUGUGUUGCGUUUGUUUUUAGGUCAAUGA